AAAAAUAUAAACAUUAAGCAUAAUCAAAAUGACGGUCGACUUUAAUGACUACUUUUGGGGGGAGAAAAAUAAUGGAUUCGACGUUCUUUAUCAUAAUAUGAAAUUUGGCUUACAAGCUAGCAAAGAACUUUCGGAGUUCUUUAGAGAGAAAUCAAAUAUUGAAGAACAAAACUCAAAAUUAAUGUCAAAACUAGCUCACAAGGCUAGUACAGGAACACUAAACAGUACAUUCGCACCAAUAUGGACAAUAUUACGAACAUCGGCAGAAAAACUUUCUACCUUACACAUGCAAAUGGUGCAGAAACUAAGCGAACUUGUAAAAGAUGUAGCAAAGUAUGCCGAUGAACUGCAUAAGAAGCAAAAGGCUGUUAAAGAGGAAGAAGCUCAAACUUUGGAAUGUGUGAAAGCCAUACAAUUUUCGACUUCAGAGGUGCAAAAAGCAAAAGAUAUUUAUAGUGGCAAGGUACAGGAAUUGGAAAAACUACGAAAGGACAAUGCUUCGCAGAAAGAUAUUGACAAAAUGGAAACGAAAUUGCGAAAGUUGCAGGAGGAAUACAAAGUGUUAUUGGAUAAACAUAAUCCUAUUAAAAUCGAAUUCGAACGUCGAAUGACGCAGACAUGUAAACGUUUUCAAGAAAUUGAAGAGGUCCACUUGCGACAGAUGAAAGAGUUUCUAUCCACAUACUUGGAAUUACUACAAAACAAUCACGAUAUGGUCGGACAAGUGCAUUCGGACUUUAAACGGCAGUUUUUAGACAUGACCGUUGACAAAUUGCUGGAACAAUUUGUUUUAAAUAAAUACACAGGCUUGGAAAAACCUGAAAUGCCAGAACUUGAAUUCAUUCCAUUAUCAAUCAAUCAACAGACGCUAGCUUCUUCGAAUGCCCGUCUUAAUCAACCAUCGAUAACUUCGAAUUCUAAUUCUGUAACCAGUAUCAACCGUGGAGGAAAUACUGCAUCGGAUCAACGUGGGGCUGAGGGCUUGUCAAUAGGUAGCAUUGCUAGCGGUAGUAGUGGCUUAGCAAAUGUCGAUGAAGCAAUGAACGAAACAAGAAUUUCAAAGCCACUAUCUCGACCAACAUCGCCUGAUGGUAAUUCCACCAAUGCUGCAGGCGGAUUGAAAAGUAAUUUCCGAAAUUGGUUUUCUUCUAAUAACACGAACAAACAACAGCAACAAAAUGUUGGAAUGCCUACUUCUGUCACUAGUGGUAGUGGAAAUUUCGGUACGGAUAGUAAUUGCAUCACAAGUUCGCUAUCAGCCAAUAUAAUCACAAAUAAUACUACUUGUACCACCACCACUACUGGCACAAAUACCACAACCAUCAACAAAAAUCCUCUAAAAUCAGAGCUUCAAUCACAACAGGAAAAACAUACUCAAGGGCAUUGAAAAUCGAUUUUGAGCGAUAAAUAUCGUUUUUAAUACAGGUCUACUAUCGAUGACUAUCGAUUUAUAACGGCGAUAGUAAAUUGACGGCGUUGGAAAUUUGACGGCGUUAGAAAAUGACGGCGGUAAAAAUUUGACGGCGUUGAAAAAUGACGGCGUUGGAAAUUUGACGCCGUUGAAAAAUGACGGCGUUGAAAAUUUGACGGCGUUAGAAAAUGACGGCGUCAGAAAUUUGACGGCGGUAAAAUGUUGACGGCGUUGGUAAAAUGACGGCGUUAGUAAUUUGACGGCGGUGAUUUUGACAGCGGCAAAUGUAAGUGAACGGCGGUAAGAAUGGAAGGCGGUGAAAUUAAUUUCUGUAGACUUUGACAUAAAUAAAAAAUGGCGGCAGAAGCGAAGAAGUAAAGACAAAGAAAUGAAGAAAAAAAAUUUGCGGAGAGUUAAUAAAGAAGUAGCAGAGGAAUGAGACGUGGAAAUGGAUUGAAUGAAAUAAGGAGAAAUUCGAUGGGAUAUUUACUCAAUGGACAAGUUGAAGAAUGGAUGCCGAAUAUUGUAGCAGGUUUAUAUAUUUAGCAGUAAUCUGGAAAUGGAUGCGUGAAAUAAUGACGGUGAAAUUAUAUGCAUGAUGGCCGGACGAGAGUGUUGUUUAUUUAGAAAGUUUUCGCUUUGGCAAAUUGAUUGGUAAAGUGCCACACAGACGCUUAUAAAUAAACAAGCCGUGAUUGCAUUCAGUGGAUAAUUGUGGUGGAUGUGGUAUAAUGAACAAGAGACAAAUCAAAGUGGAAGAAUGUUUGUUUUAUGUCGGGUCAAAUUAUUAAUGGUAUUCGUAUAUUUGUUACAACAGAGAUAUAAUAAAAACGAUGUAAAGUAGUGUUAUAUACAAAUAAGAAAUAUGUGUUGAUGUAAAUAUUAAUUUGUUAAUAAAGACUACUAUAUCACAAGUCCUUCAAA